AUGCAGACCGGCCACAAACGCUGCUGCUGCCUCCGCUGGCGGAGCCAGGCCGCAUCCGAUGUUUGCAGGACUGUCCAGACCGGCUGGAAAGCCAGGCCAGCAGCAAAGACCGGGUUUGCCCUUGGUGGGUUUCAGACGCCGCCUCCAGCAGCUGCAGAGCGAAUCCGCGCCAUAGCCAUACCGGCCAGAAACGUCCUGUCCGCCAUUUGCCAGGGCGGCCAGUACAGCUGGAAAGCCAAGCCUCCCGCAAACACCGCGUUUGCCUUUUGUGGGAGGCGGCAGCUACAUGCCAGCAGCAUGGCCGGUACAGAUCUAUGUGAUGGAGCAGUGCGGCUGGCUCAGGGAAACUCUCUCAAUGAGGGCCGUGUGGAGAUCUACUAUAAUGGCCAGUGGGGGACAGUAUGUGACGAUGACUGGGAUAUUAUGGAUGCACAUGUGGUCUGCCGUUCCCUGGGCUUCAUGAAUGCAAUAGAAGCAAAGCAAGGUGCUGCAUAUGGGGAAGGACUGGGUCCCAUUCUUCUAGAUGAUGUCGCUUGUGAUGGGACAGAGAAGUCUCUUGUAGAAUGUAGAUCUCAAGGCUGGUUGUCCAACAACUGCGGACAUGGGGAGGAUGCAGGAGUGGUGUGUGACAGCAAAAUUGCGUUUAAUCCUGGAGUGUUUUUCCUGGAUCAUUCUGGAGGUUUUCCUGAGGACCUUGGUAAACUGUAUGACAGCCAGCAGGACUGUGACCUCAACAUCACUGUGCUGAUAGCAGAUAACAACACCGAAGCCCUGAGCCUGUGUGCACAUAGACUGAUUCUUCGUACAAACAGCGAGGCCAGCCUUCUUCUCCAGGGAAGCACACUGAAGGUAGAUGAAGCGUGCCUGCCCAAUGUGAACAGCUUUCUCAGGUACUUCUACUCGCGGCAGAUCAGAGUGACAGUGCAUUCAGUAAAGUGCUUCCACAAGCUGGCUUUGGCCUAUGGAGUUUCAAGCCUGCAAGCAUACUGCAUCCAGGUCUUCCCCAACUUCUUUCCAUUGGACCCCACUUUUCAUGCUCAACUGAAGCUGUACAACUACAGCCUGGCCAGUGGAGAUGCCCAGCUGCAGGAUCUCAUCAUGCAGUACCUAGCCUGGAACUGUGAGGUCUUGACUCGCACUGAGGCCUGGUUGGCCCUGACGCCAGAGAUGAUGGAGGCCCUGCUGUCCCGUACAGAUGUUGUGAUUCAGAAUGAAUGGUCCCUGCUAAAAGCUCUGGACCAAUGGGCUCACACCAAUGAAAUAAAGGAAGGCCACGUGGAAAAGAUCCGCUUUCCUAUGCUUUUGCCAGAGCAGCUGCUGGAGCUCCAGUUCAACCUGACAUUUUAUGAGACUUAUAAGAAUAUCUUCCAGAUGAAGAUUAUGGAGGCCCUUGAAUUCCACACAGUGCCACUUAGAUUCCUAGAGCAGUACAAGCUCCAUGACCUUACAAGUGAUUCACACACCCCUCGUUUUUACAUUGAGCCCACUUGGAGUAUACACCAGUAUUUUUCUGGAUUCCAAGUCCCCCAGCUACUUGAAACAAUCAAGCACCCUAGCUUUCUUUUCAAGAUGCAGAAGAUAACCUGGAACUUCACCUAUCAUGGCCUUGCACAAAGCCACCAAAGUGGUAGAUGCUCUUCCUCAGUCAUUACUCCUGUUAGCUAUCUUACACUGGAAGAUUCUUCUGAUGACACCAUCCAUUACAAUAACAAAGCACUCUUGAUCUGCCAAAGUUCCUAUAUCACAGGUAUUGUCAGUUUUCAAAAUGGUACGGCCUUGUUCCCCAACGCCACCUUCUUCCCAUGCCCAAUUGGCUUCUCAAAUUUUAUUGCUGUGGUGCGUCCUAGUUACAAGCUGAACACAUAAAAGGCUAGGAUUCUCUGUUGCAGGCAGAAUACAUAACAAGACAAAAUCUGCCCUUGAGGCACAUCUCAUAGUACCACAGCUUCUAUUGUUGUCCUAGCUGCUUCUCUAACUGUAGAUUCAGCAUUGUGUCUUGAUAGUCCAAGCCAGCAUCUAUAUCAUGGUGAGCUAAUUCUAAGUGGAUAGGUAAUUUUAUUCACCCUUGAGUUUGAUAGAUGCAUCUACAAUUACGGCAAUCCUAAUUAAUUGAAGUCCCCAUGCUGUUGGAUGUGCAUUCCCUGCCCCUUUAUAUCCCCCUAGCUUGAGAUUCUCUCUUAAUAAAAUGUGAAAAACAA